AUGAAGUGCACCGCAGCUGUAGUCAUGAUGGUCCUCGCCGUUGCCGUCCAGGGUUGGUCCGUCACGUACUGGGGUAAUGGAGCGGCCCUGCCUUACCUGGCCCCGGCCGCCCUUGGAAACUGGGUACAGGACAAUUCGUACGCCCGAAUUGUGUCUCCAUGGAACUACGCUUACCAGGGCGUUCCGGUGGCCGCUCCCGUUGCCGCCCCAGUUGCGUACGUUGAACCCUACGCUUACCAGCCGGAGACGGUGGUCGCCCCGGCAGUAGUCCAGAAGGAGGCUCGCUAUCUGGCCGCUAACCGUGGAGCCGUCCACGAGGCUCCUCUCCCAGGACACAUCGUCAACCAGCAGUCGCUCAACCUGGAACCCGCACCAGGCACUCUGUAG